AUGUCGGUGUGCCACCGCCAACGCCCGGCUCGGCCCGGGACCCGGCUCACUUGGCUGCUGUGCUGCAGCGCCCUACUGACCCCGGCUGCUGGCUACGUGAUUGUGAGUUCGGUUUCCUGGGCCGUCACCAACGAGGUGGACGAGGAGCUGGACAGCGCCUCCACCGAGGAAGCGCUGCCCGCGCUGCUGGAAGAUUCAGGCAGCAUUUGGCAACAGAGCUUCCCGGCCUCGGCGCACAAGGAAGACGCGCACCUGCGGCCCCGGGCGGGAGCCUCCCGGACCAGGCCGCCCCCUGCGCCGCCGGGAAUGUUUUCCUACCGCCGGGAGAGGGGCCCAGCGACCGGCGCAGCCCCUGACCCGAGGCUGCGCGCCAGCACCGCCCGCUCCCUGGCCCACGCCAGCGCCUGGGGAUGUCUGGCCACUGUGUCUGCCCAUGAACAGAUCCAAGGACUGCCCUUUGGAAACUGCCUGCUCAUCAGUGACGGCCCCUUCAACAACAGUACUGGAAUUCCUUUCUUCUACAUGACAGCCAAGGACCCUGUGGUGGCCAACUUGGUGAAGAACCCUAUGGCCUCGCUGACACUGCCAGAAUCCGAAGCGGAGUUUUGCAGAAAGAACAUCGUGGACCCAGAGGAUCCCCGAUGCCUGCGGCUCACGCUCACUGGCCGGAUGAUGAUGGUAUCUUCGGAGGAAGUAGAAUUUGCCAAGCAGGCCAUGUUCUCAAGGCACCCAGGGAUGAGGAAGUGGCCUCGUCAGUAUGAAUGGUUCUUCAUGAAGAUGAGGAUACAGCACAUCUGGCUGCAGAAAUGGUAUGGAGGAGUGGCUGACAUUUCAAGAGAAGAAUAUUUCAAAGCAGUCCCCAAAGAGGACUGA